AUGCGUUCUCCCUUCCUUCUCACUCUCGUCCUCCUCUUAUCGCCCGCUCUUUCCGUUUCCCAAGACUGUUCCGGUUUCUUCUCUAUCGAGAACGCCUGCAACAGUCUGAUUCUGGAAGUGGCCCAAGAAUGGCCAAGGUACAAACCAAUUCCGUCGCCCAAAGUGGCGAGUUCUCUGUCUCUGACCUGCAUGAAAGCUCUUGUAAGUUCAAAUUGAAGAGUGUGUGACGUCAGGGUCUAUUUUAGAACUGCAUAAAGUCGUUGGAAUGUCCAGAGAAGAACACAAUGAUAUCUGUAAAGCUGGCCGAUGUGGCCGAGCUGUGCAGUGGUCUUUGGGCGUUCGCGGGAUCAUUUGGACAGUGUCUUCAGAUUGUAAGUCAAAGAAAUUGAGGGCACAACUAGCUCUUGUAGACGAAAUAGGUUAGCAGGACCAAGAUCUAAUAUGCCUAAUAAGGGAAAACCUAUUCCUUACAUAAACAUUGAAAAAUAUAACGCACAGUAAUAGUUUCAGAUCCGAAGCCAGGACACUUCAAACGAGUAUCCGUGUCUCAAGUAUUGGGAUAACGAGGUUAGUCUCUGGUAUGCAAAUGCGCUCCAAUAAACGUUCAGGAACAAUCUCCGACCUGUCAAUUCUUCACUUCGGACUAUGAUUGCGCGGAAAUGCUCGUAGAAAAUCAGUGUGGAGCAGACGCGUUGGCCAGUAUGAGAAGGAACAAAAACUUUAUAGAACAGCACUUUGAAUGUGCGGAGAAGAGCGACACGACGAGACAAUUUGCAUUCCUCUCACAAUGA